ACAAUGACAUUCUUGCUUUACUAACAUUUCAAAUUCAUUUUAACCAGAUGUUAUUUUUUGAUUUCUUAUUUUUUAUUUAUUAAAACUAAGGCUGUGAAGAAACUGUAUUAUUAAUUAUCUCAACCGCAUUUUACACAACAAACCAUAGAUAUCAGUUAUAAUAAUUUCGAAAUUAGAAUCAACUAAUUUUCAGUCAUAUUUUGAAGGAAACAACAAAAAUGACUGAAUUGACUGAAAAGAUUGUUGUUGUUGGAUCAUGUAUGAUAGAUUUUAUAACAUAUUCCUCUCGUUUACCUAAACCUGGAGAAACUUUGGAAGGUAGUAAAUUUGAACAAGGUUUUGGUGGAAAAGGUGCAAAUCAAUGUGUUACAGCUGCUAGACUUGGUGCCUCAACUCUAUUUGUCACAGCAUUGGGAUCUGAUGCAUUGGGUCAUGAUUAUAUGAAAAAGUUAAAAGACGAAAAUGUUUCAACUGAUGAAGUUUUAAUUAAAGAUAAAAUCCACACUGGAGUGGCUCAAAUUGCUGUUGCAGAAACUGGGGAGAAUUCUAUUGUUAUAAUUAAAGGUGCUAAUGGAUUGUUAUCAAAAAAUGAUGUAAUAAAUGCAAAAGAAAAAAUUCAAGCUGCAUCAGUACUUAUUUGUCAGUUAGAAAUUCCAAUGGAAACAACAUUAGAAGCUUUAAGACUGUACAAUGGACAUGGAAUAUCUAUAAUGAAUGCAGCACCUGCGCCAACAGAUAUCGAUUUUGAAAUUUUUAAAUUGUGUGAUAUAUUUUGUGUUAAUGAAAUAGAGGCAGAAGCUAUCACUGGAAUAAAAAAUGUUUCGCUAAUUAAUGGCCAAUUAGUUGCAGAUUCUUUUUUAGCUUUAGGUUGUGAUGUAAUAAUUAUAACUUUAGGUGCUCAAGGAGUUAUACAUGCUUCCCAAAAUGAUAAAAGAGUUGUGCAUGCCCCAGUAGAACCAGUCAAAGCAGUCGACACAACUGGGGCUGGUGAUGCAUUUAUUGGUGCUCUAGCGUAUUACCUAGCCUAUCAUAAAAAUCUUUCAUUGAAUGAUUGUAUUGUUAGGGCUAACAAGAUUGCUGGAUAUAGUGUAAUGAAAACUGGUACACAAAGUAGUUUUCCAUAUAAGAAAGAUUUGCCUUCAGAACUUUUUUGAAAAAAAUUUUCAUCAUCAAAGAUUAUAUAAUAAUAAUAAAA